AUGCAAUCUUCUUCGAGAAUCGUGGUAACUUCGGAUGGACGAAAACAGCUACUGUCAUACAACAAGACUCAAAGGAAGAUUGUUCGCGAGAACGUGCGCACGGAAGAAGAGUACCUUGAGGUAGGCUGUUUUUAGAUCUUCCCCUUAAGGCGAUAUCGCCUUAUGUACAUAUGUCUGUACGUACAGUAUGAUGUCAUACUGUACGUACAGACAUACAUAUCUCGAUAAAUCAUUAUUCACGUAUAUCCACUCGCUAUCUAUUGCUACAAGGGUUUACGCUUGAUAAAUUUCGCUCUAUCAUGCAAAACUCCCUUAUUAAAUUAACUUUGCUCUUUUUGUAAAACAUCCUUGGUCUUUUAGCCGAAGGUUUUGCUUUUUGACUAACUUUCGUGAGUCCGAAGAUCCCAUUCAUCAUUUAAUGUAGACAGCGUUUAUCAAAGAUCUAAUAUUCUGAAGUACUUCGCUGCCUUACUGUCAAGACCUGAGCGAUUAUAUGAGUAAGUGCGUUGAACAAAAUUGAUGCGACGGAAUUGUCAGCGUCCAGUCUUCGGGAAAUGUUAGCACCCUUUUUGGUCUUCACCUAUCGGCAAUCGAAAUUUCCAAGGGAUGCGGAAUAAUUAAGAAUGUACAGCAGCGAAAAUGCCCAAAGCAAGCGGUUUUCCUUUUUCAUAUGCAACGAAGACGCCGAUACAUUGCACUCUAUGUUCAAUAAGCCAACGCCAGGCCACACGAAUUACCCAUCUGUGUCUCUGGGCAGUCCCUACUUCCUACUUAAACGGCCUGUAUGUGAGCGCUGGGAGGAGUUCGCUCAAAGGCCGAGGCCGCCGCAGUGUACUGCUCUGUGCAAUUCGUGAGCUCGUUAGAAGCUUGGAGGACUUUCCGGGUGGAUUUUGGUAUUAUACGUACAUAAUCGUUUUGGAAAAACGGUAUCCAACAUCGUCUUCUAACAUGUUCGACAUGUUUGACUGCCUUAAGGCACUUCCUACGUUGUUCGCGUCUUGUCGUCUCUGCUGUGGCUGGGAAGUUAAAGCCUCUUCAGCCGUUCCUCUCGGCUUGGUUUUCUAGCUCAGAGUCUGUUCCAGCACACCAUGCUAUGCAUUGCCUAUGGCGUCUGCGUGAGUAAGCAUUGCUUAAGAUAUAGCCGAACAGACGUAAUAAACAGUAGACGAGGGCUGUGCUCCGUGAUAUAACGAAAGCGUCUGUAACGAAAAGUUGCUUUCUUGCUCUGGUGGCAGCCAGUAUGCGUUAGGAUUGUGUUUGGUUAGCAAAAUUAUAAGGCCGUAAAUUGUAGUUAAGUAACUUUGCAGACUGUCUACGUCAGUCAACAUUCCUUGCAAAUGCACUUUUAAGUCAACCUCCGAUUCGCCUUCAGGGAACUGGGAUUUCUAUGCAUUCUCUAUAAGAUCUUAUUAGUUGAUUCACCCAAGCAUUCGAGCUAGGCCUUCUUCGAUGGGGGCUUUGGUCUCUUGACCGACUUGGUAUUUUUGUGUCAUCUGCAAACUUCAAGCAACUGCUGAAUACUGUCGUUGGCAGUUCCUUGAUGUAAAUGCAAAGCAUACGAUCGUCUUAACACACCUCAAGGAAAACCGUCACUUUACCCUCUUGGCGUCCCGACUGCGUGCGCAGAAGAUCCUCUUUUCCAGCCAAAUUAUGUCUAUAAGAUUUCUAUAAGGGGUUAAUGGCUAACUGUGUCGUGGCCCUUCCUGAAGUCUGAAAUUGUAUUUCUAACCUCUACCGUCUGGCCUAGUUUCUAGAAUUCUGUUGGGGUUGGGGGGUUCAUGAUAAAUGAUCAUCUUUUAAGGAACCCGUCCUUCAUAAUCCUUACGGCUUUGUUCCCGUUCAGAAAGUGUUCGUUGUAUUUGCGAGGCCAAUUAGACCGCGGGUUUCAGCCAGACGCAGAGAUCCGCCAUUUGGGAUAAUGGGAAAUCUAAGAUCGGAGUUAAAUGGCUUACAGAGGUUAUUAGGACUUUCUGGAUGAGUUAAAUUCAGAGAAUCCGAUCUCGGACAUUAUUGGAUUUCGUUUGCGAUAGAUGGCGCUGAAAUUCUUUUGACUCGAUUACUCUGUUUUCCAUUUUAAAAACUGUCCUUGAGGCAACACGAACCUACGCGUUUGGUUUCCUGUAUUUAAUGUCCGACCGAACUGCUGGCGAGCAUGGAGAUACCUCUGCUUUUCAUGACGACAUGUGUGCACUAAUUGUUUUCCUACAGAUAUUGACAGUCUUUUUAGUUUCUGCUUGAUAAGAUCCAGCGGUCCACCUCCUAUCCGGCCAUAUUUAUUUUUUGCGUCUUCUAAGACCGAUCUAAAAAGUUGGGCAUAAAUAUUAGUUCGUUUCACAGUAAACCGUUGGUUUAUCCUCUUACCCUAUGACAAGUUCCCUUAGACUUUACAGCACUUUUAUGAGUACCCGGCUAUCAUCUGUUUUACUGAAACUUUUUACUUAAAGCAUCUGGGUAAGAUUAUUCAACGGGACUUCUUCCCCGACUUGGACGCCGCUAAAGGAGGCAGUGUUCCCGCGUCCGAAACCCCUGAUGGCAGAACUCCGGCUCUAACUACGCCAUCAAAGACGGCCGGGUGUCCCCCAUCAAGAAAUCCGGAGUUGGAUCCAAUUGGUAUGAGUCUGGACAAAUACCUCGCCAACAAUACCACCGAAGACAAUGCCUCUUUCAUCGAAAUAAUUGAAGACGCGGACAGACGGCGUGGAGCUAAAUUGUCAGAAUUCUUUCCGCCGAUUGUACCCGAAGCCGUACGUUCUGCAUUCUGUGCCAAAAUUUGUCGAAACGUUCCAUUGUUGCCACCUUUUUUAGAAAAAGAUCAUCUGGCUUACUUCUGUGGUUGCUUUUAGGAUAAGCCGGAGGACAAAAUGCCUCCUCCAUGUGCAUGAUGAUUGAGUGUCUCUGAUCACAUAAUAUGGACUCUCGAUCGAUAUUUCUACUAUCGUAGGCCCUCAUCUACGCAUAGGAUCGGAUCAUCGGGAGUUCGCUUCUGUUAAAAUAUUAGUUGAUGUUUCAGUAAGGAAAGCUUUUCUACAGACAUAAGAGGCGUAAAGUCUGGUUGCGGUUUAUUGAUCUUUCAAGCGAAGCUAUAGAGCCUGCCAUCCGUGGACCUUCACAACGAUAGAUAUGAUGAUUCUUUCUGUGGGCAUUUGAUUACCAAUAGCAUUCCUGGUUGCAUAUCGUGCGGAAUAAAUUUCAACUAAAAAUGUGGGUACGCUACUGACCAGCCCAGUCCUAGAUUCUGACUGUCAAAAAUUAAAGUGGCAUUUUAGACAUAUCGCACCCGUGCUUCAUCCUUUGGCUGAUCGGUUUCCGUUUCGUUCGACGGCCAUUUCAGUGAUUCGGAGGAGAUUCGUAGGCCAGGCGGUUUUUAGAACGGUUUGUAUGUUUACUUGACUCCAUGUUUAAGUUUCCUAUGAGACAGACCGUUGUGUUUGCUUCCUAAUACCCCCAGUAUGAUUAACUUUUAUGCAUUUGCUACUUAGACGGACCAGGUUCCCACCCAAAUGAUCGGUUAUUGUGCCUCCAUUGCUCCAAUUGUAGCUCACCAAUGAAUCAGAGACCUUGGCCAUUACGGACGGUUCCUCAUCCUCCCAGCCCAAAUCAUCUGUCAAUACCGCUCCCAGGUCUCUUGAAAGUUUAACAAGUCACAAUACUGUCCACUUCCUCCCCGACGGUGCUCCACCAACUGCGGAGGAACUGGCUGAACAUUUCAACAGGGAACGAAAAAUAUGUCCGGCAAAUAGCAGAUUUAAGCGGCCUCUGGCACCACCACCGCAGGAUAAAAAGAAACUCUUUGGCGGCGCAGGCAGCAUAAAAAUGGUAAGUAUCGGUUGGACCGCAGAUCUCGCCUGAGUUGUGGAAAAUUAUACCGGGUUCUAGCCUACCGCAUUUUCCUGUAGGGCCGAAUCGGAAUCGAUGGGAAGGAGAGGCUGGCUGAUUCUCCUCUGGCCACACCGCAGGCCGGUGGCUACAAGUUCAUGGAUGCAUCACCUUCGCCCUACUCACUGGCAGCAGAUGGCACGCCCCUGAUCACCUGGGGUGAAGUGGAUUCGACUCCAUACCGUCUGGAUGAGGCAACUGGUCGCACGCCUGUCAUCUCCUCCGGCGUCUCCUCCUUCCGUAUUCCGUCGCCGUCAGCACGCGAAACAAUUGCCCAUCAACUGGCUGACAAGGCUGGUCGCCAGCGUGCUAGUGGCCGGAUAGAAGCAAUGAAAAUAGCCAAGUCUGGGCUUCUGAGGUUUGUCCCCCACCUAUCACUAUAUUUCCUUCAGUCCCCAAGGCAGGCCUAGGACCUAAACUUACUAGACCAGGCCGUGACACACAUUUUGGCUCAGACCUGCCACGGGAAACGCGAAGAAGGACUGGGGCUGCAUCCUGAGGCAAAAUUCCUCACGCUGGUCUAGCACUGACAUUUGCCUUCCCAAAUCCCACGAUUCUUAGAAUUAUCAUAGCGCACAAGAAAUCAUAACUUGGACAGCCACCACCGGAUGACCCGGUCACACUACAGUGACUUCUUAAGGUGGUCUCUAUGACAACUGCCCUUGAGGCGGCAUGAUAUUUAUACUAAACUGGUUCGUUUUGAUUGACGGACCAGUGUCUGUGUAACAUCCCUAUGCGGUCGUCUUACUCACUGAGCAUGGUUGUUGUGAGGAAAGUCCCCUUACUGUAAUCCGACUUACGCGCAAGCCACCACUGCGUUCGAGGCAAUUAUGAUCUUCGCUUUCGACUGCACUUCCCUUAAUUCUGACUUCCAGAACCGUAAGCCAAGUCAAUCUCGUCCUACUGGCUGUUCAGUCAAUCCUGCUCACAACGCCAAAAUUUUGGUCUUCACGAUCGAGUCGGUACAAGCUUCAAGCGUCGCCUACUAGAUCACUUACCGAUUCUUCAAUUUUUCUCUCCAGUUGACCCCAUCCACCAGGGCUUUUCUGUGCAUUUAGUCUACAAACAUCUCUGUAUGCCAUUUAAGUUUGCCAUCUUUAAGUCUGUUGUCAAUACAACUCAUAGCAACUGUCCCAGAUGCACUCCCAUACUCGAUUGCACCCAGAAUGUCCCUCUCUUACAGUGUAAAACGGCGGCCUAUUAAGAUGUAUUAGGGGGAUAUGAACACUCGAUAACCUGUAAAUCCGACCAAUAGAUAGAAACUAAAAUGACAGUUCGGCCGCCGCAAGCGACGACGUCCACGGGGGGGGGGGGGGGCGCAGGACUGGUCACUUGCACGUGCGUUGGUUUGUACGGAGGUAGACCCGCGCAACAUAUACCGCACUCUCCUCCCUCGCCCACGUUGCUCCGCUGUCACAACGGCGUCAAGACUGUCGGAGGUAAGCGGCGUGGAUACAGUGGCCCACAAAGUUAGACAGUCCGCCAACGCGUGCCACGCGCGACCUUCCCCCGUUACAUGUAUCAGGCUUCUGCAAGAACACAAAGGUCACACUAAGAAGGAGUCAUUGCAGUCCGACCCUCAGUCCUUCAAUCAUUUAAAACACCGCCGUGAUGGCCGACGGCUAGGCGGCCAGAGUAAGUGCCCUGAGCGCUACAACCACCAGGUCGAAUCUCAUGUUUGAAGGAGAAGACAGAAGGUGCCAGAAUGAGGGGUUUCUUGUGCACAAAACCCAGACUUGUCCUCUCAGGCGUCAGUGGCCACUGGCGAAGCCAGGGCUGGUGUUGACUGCGUCCAGUCAGGCCUGAGAGUCCUUGGGACAGUGGUGGCAACCACACUUUUGGGCUCGUGGGCCAAGCUCAAGUCGUCUCCAAUCGGUGUGUGUUGCAUUUGUCGAGGGAUGGUGUUCCAGUGGCUUAGGUUGUGGUUGCAGGGAGGAGGUGCGUUCAAGUGGCCUAAUGGGCAGCUGCAGACGCAGGUAUGCCCGAGCUGUCGGUCGUGUAACUUCAGGUCAGCGCGUCUGGAACGGCUCACUGCAAAAGGGUGAAUGACCUUGAGGCAGCGAGGUCUUGAACAAUGACGCCAGACCGGUCAUGAUGGCUGGCCGCUACAACUUGUCAGCCAGCAACCUUCCAGUUCGCAACUCGUAGGGCCUCGUGAUAGAUUUGAGCAUCCCAGGUUUGUUAGUGAGAAGUGUGUUGAUGUGCUAUGAUAGGCUCCAGGUGUCGACCUCCGGCAGGGUUUAAACAAAUGCACGGAUUGUCAAAGGCCUUAGACCACUAAAGGAGAUUUAUGUUCCUGAAUGUGGUUUUGUUGGUUGGAUGGGUGGACUUAAUGCCUUUCGUCAUGUUAUGAAAGUCUUACUAAAGUACUUUCUUCCGUAUCGAUGCUAGUGAAAAUAUAAUGCUUCAGACCCAAUUGUGAAAGACUCAGCCGCCACGACACCAAGGGCAGGGCUUGAUUACAGACUGCUCCACUCACCUGAGCUACGAAGCAUCGACCGGCAGCCGUGAGUCUAACCAUAUUUUGGUCAAGUUACCCGCCCAACUCACUGCAACAUAUGGAAUCCACCAACUUUGAUGUAGUUAACUGACUGCCUAAACAAAGUUUCCCAAGUAAUCAAUCUCAAAUCCGCCAGAUGGGGAGGGGUCAUUUGAAUAAUUCAUUUGAUCAAAUUGUGAAAACUUGACGGCAUCAUAAAAAGAGGUGUUCAUCGGAAGAUAGUUCUCCGGUGAAUGUCUCUUUCGUAACCCUAUUUUACAGCAUACAUUGGGACUCCUGUCCUUAUUUCAGUAGUUCCGGUGCGUACUCUAUCCGGAUAGAGGGAACGCUUAUUAAGCCUGCUUUUCGCUUGUCUUCCAGCCCGCACAUCUCCAAGACGACUCUCUCUCCAGCUGCACGCCGUCUCCUCACAAGCACCGGUCGACUGUCCUUUGGCGGCGGGGGCAUCAAUACUCGCCCCAACUCGGGUCUUCGUUCCUCUGAUUUGCUCAGUGGUACUACACCCCGAAGCACACCGCGUCGUUUGCCCUCGGACUUGGGCAUAGUGCCCCGGGCCAACAGCUCGCUUACUAAGCCGCCCAGAUUGGUUGACAAAGUGGAUGCUGCAACAGUGUCCACGCCGGGCAACGAGACGCCCUCUCGACCCGCCCCCGACGCCUCCAUCACAAAUGACCUUCUACGCCUGCCUACAUCUGCAAGUCGCGGUGGCGCUUGA